UUCCACUGUUCUUUUAGCAUACCCAAUUCGUCACAGGUCAAUUGUUCAAAUCCAUCACCCGUCUUUCACUAGUUUGUUAGGAUGCACACAAGUCAGGUCUUUUUUUCUUUCAUAUGCAGGCAUUUAGACUUGCUCAAAUCAUGGAGGGUCGGCAUUUAUCUUGCCAGGAUAGCUUCAAUUUUAGACAUACAAUGGAUGUUUUUACUUUGAUAGCAUUUGUAAGUACUUCUUUUUUAAUCUUCUUGAAAGCCUCCACAGCAAUUGACUACAUUUCUCCAUCUGAGCCUCUCCCCGAUGGAAAGACCUUAGUUUCCCAUGAUGGAAGCUUUGAGUUGGGUUUCUUCCAUCCAGGCAGUUUUGGGAACCGGUACCUGGGAAUUUGGUACAAGAACAUCCCAGUCAGAACGGUUGUUUGGGUUGCAAACAGGGUGAAUCCAUUAAAUGACUCUUCUGGCAUGUUGAUGGUAACAACCACUGGUGAUCUUCAGGUUCUGAGUCAGAACAUAACUGUCGUUUGGUCAGCUAACUCAACAAAAGCAGCUCAGAAUCCUAUACUGCAACUCCUGAAUUCUGGCAAUCUUGUUUUGAUAGAUGGUAGGGAUGGAAAUUCGGAAGCUUACUUGUGGCAAAGCUUUGAUUAUCCAUCUGAUACACUGCUACCAGGGAUGAAACUAGGAUGGGACUUGAGAACUGGCCUUGACCGGCAUCUCUUAGCGUGGAAGAACUCUGAUGAUCCAUCUCCUGGUGACUUUACUUGGGAAAUUGAACUACAAGGCAAUCCUGAGGCUGUGCUCUGGAAAGGCUCACAGAAAUAUUUCCGGAGUGGCCCCUGGAAUGGCAUAAGAUUUAGUGGUGCCCCAUAUUUAAGUCCUGAUAACCGAGUUUUUAGUUAUGAAUUUGUCUCCAAUGAAGAGGAGGUCUACUACAUGUUUUCCUUCAAAAACAAGUCUGUGCUCUCAAGGAUUGUUCUGAACCGAACUGACCACACAAGGCAGAGACACACAUGGAGUGAGGAAACUCGAACUUGGAAGCUUUUCACAUACGUACAUAACGAGUAUUGUGACAAAUAUGGGCUUUGUGGUGCAUAUGGGAAUUGUGACAGCACUCAACUUCCAGCUUGCCAAUGUUUGAAAGGAUUCAAGCCUAAAUCACCAGAUGGAUGGAGCUCUGGGGACUGGUCUCAAGGAUGUGUCAGAAACAAGCCAUUGAACUGCCAGGCAGGUGAUGGAUUUAUCCAAUUUGGAAGUGGUUAUAAGUCUCCUGAGUAUGCGGUAGAUGGGCACUUCUCAAUAAAAUCUGAUGUCUUCAGCUUUGGUGUGACAGUACUCGAGAUCAUAAGUGGGAAGAAGAACAGAGGAUUUCACCACUCGGAUCACAAUCAUAAUCUUCUUGGACAUGCAUGGAGACUAUGGAUGGAAGAAAGAGCAUUGGAAGUAAUGGACACCAUGUUAGGUGACUCUUACACUGUUUCUGAGAUUCUACGCUGCAUUCAUGUGGCUUUACUAUGUGUUCAGAAACGACCAAAGGAAAGGCCAGAUAUGUCAUCAGUGGUUCUAAUAUUGAGCAGUGAAAAUCCAUUGCCUCAACCAAAACUUCCUGGUUUUUACACCGAAAGGAAUCUACCAGAAGAAGAGGUUUCAUCAAGCCAGUAUGAACGUGUUUCAGUAAAUGAAGUAACAAUUUCAAAGUUGCAGGGACGGUAGACCAUCAUCACUUGAAAUAAAAAUGUUAAACAUAAAAGUGGAAGGCUAGUAUAUGUAAUGUAAUAGCAAACAUCCUGGAUAUCAUUUUCUUGGCAGUAAUGAGCUAAGAAAAUUGUGUAGCAUGU